UGGCCAUGGGAGCCUGCAGCCUCAGCUGCUGGCUUAGCAUCCUUGGAGCUCGACUCAUCGAUGGACCAGUACGUGCAGAUUCGCAUCUUCAAAAUCAUCGUGAUUGGGGACUCCAACGUGGGCAAGACCUGCCUGACCUUCCGCUUCUGCGGGGGUACUUUCCCAGACAAGACUGAGGCCACUAUCGGUGUGGACUUCAGGGAGAAGACCGUGGAAAUCGAGGGCGAGAAGAUCAAGGUUCAGGUGUGGGACACAGCAGGACAAGAACGCUUCCGUAAAAGCAUGGUUGAGCAUUAUUACCGCAAUGUGCAUGCAGUGGUCUUUGUCUAUGACGUCACCAAGAUGACCUCCUUCACCAACUUAAAAAUGUGGAUCCAGGAAUGCAAUGGGCAUGCUGUGCCCCCGCUAGUCCCAAAGGUGCUUGUGGGUAACAAGUGUGACUUGAGGGAACAGAUCCAGGUACCCUCCAACUUAGCCCUGAAAUUUGCUGAUGCCCACAACAUGCUCUUAUUUGAGACAUCAGCCAAGGACCCCAAAGAAAGCCAGAAUGUGGAGUCAAUCUUCAUGUGCCUGGCUUGCCGACUGAAGGCCCAGAAAUCCCUCUUGUACCGUGAUGCUGAGAGGCAGCAAGGAAAGGUGCAGACACUGGAGUUCCCACAGGAAGCUAACAGUAAAACUUCCUGUCCUUGUUGAAACCAAAUGGUGUAAAUACUCGAGAAUUAGCACUGGAGUUUUUUCUUCCCCUUUUUUUCUGUGCCUGCAUAAUGCUCACACCUGCUUGUUUCCAUACAAACUAAUAUCAAAAUAAAAUUUGUAUAGAUUA